CUCUCUGGAAACAUGCAUCUGUCCUGCAUCCUGAUCCUCUUCUCUCUCGUAGCCCACACUGCGGCCUUCGACCUGGGCCAGACGACACGCUGCGUUCCUGUUCCUCAUCAGAUGAGCGUUUGCCAAGACGUGCCGUACUCUGAGAUGAGGUUGCCCAAUCUGUUGGGUCACGGGAGCCUGGAGGAAGCGGUUCCUCGCUCUGAAGAAUGGAGAACUCUGCUACAUACCGGCUGCCAUCCUCAGGCCCGGGCAUUCGUCUGCUCGCUCAUCGCUCCAGUUUGUCUGGACAGGUUCAUCCAGCCCUGCCGUAGCGUGUGCACGGCCGUGCGGGACAGUUGUGCCCCCGUGUUGGCGUGUCAUGGACACACUUGGCCUGAAGCUCUGAAUUGCGACCGUUUCCCGGCGCAGGACGACACGUGUCUAACACCUCUACCCAAACACAUCAGCGCUUUCUCCAAAGAAUUCCCUCAGCCUGCGUGCCAAAGCUGCCCACCUGUAGCGGAAAUGCCCUCCCUCAAAAAAGUGCUGGAUGCCCUCUGCCUCAGUGACUUCGCUGUCAAAGCCAAGAUCUCCCGGCGUCGACUGGCCUCCUCAGAGCCGGAGUUGAUGGUGGAGGGGCAGGUGGAGUUCAUCCAGCGUGGUCCGCUGCUCCCAUACGACACCGCCAGUCUCCUGCAGCGCUGGCUGCUCAUCAACCUCAGAUGCGCCCACAUGUUGGUCCGACCCGGCCGCGCUCAGCUCUACCUCAUCACCGGAACCAUGCGUACAAACGGAUCCAUCGAGUUGUCAAAUCUCUUCCCCUGGCUCAAAAAAGACCUCCACAUCACCACGGCAACACGCAAAUGGAAGCACCACAAGUGCUAA